AGCAUGUAGCCGACUUUGAUGGCAAUAAAAUACAAUGAACAUUUCUAUUUGCGAUCUAGGGGGAGGGGAAACAACUUGCGCAGAGAUACGGCGUAAACUGUUUUCCUCUUAGCCUAAUCAGGGUACGCUUUUGCCUGUGUAAAUAUAAGCAGGCGUAUGGCAACAAUGUCGGCUUGUUUCGCCAGUUCUUGACCAGAGCUACAGCAUGGCGAGCUUCACAACCAGCCUUACGAUAGCUGCAAUUUCGAGCCUGACACGGCAGGCAUUUGGUAACUGACAAGUUCCGUUGCAUUCAACGGCUGGCUUGUGACGACGCUGUAGCGCGUUCGCUACCUUGUCCGGCGCUUACGCCUCUCUGCUUGGGUUGUCGACAACACCGCCGCCUAGCCCACCUGGACCGUCCGGAAACGGCACUGUUCCAAGCCCAGCGAGCAGCAGCCAGCCAGACAUCUCCUACACACAAAUGGGCGUCAUCAUUGGGGUAGUCGUGGGAACACUGCUCAUGGCAUUCCUAGUCGUGCUUGGCUGCGUCUGUUACAACCUUACUAGGGAACGGAAAAGGCGGGAAAGGCAUCGUGCCGAGUCACAAGCCGCUGUCCGAAUGGCGUACUCUGAUAACGCGGCUGCAGCCACAAGCUCCCCCUGCCCACCAGGGGUCAACGUCUGGACGACCAUCCAUGAGGGCAUAGUGGGUGUGGAGCUGGACGACUCCGCGGAGGGCGGCUCACAAGCGGGUCUUGCACCCGAGGGCGACUCUAGCAGCGCUACAGGCCGCGAGCAGCAGCACAAUCAUCAGCUGCACAAAACCCACAUGACACACGGACGGCGAACCCCGGCGCCGCCGCAGCAGCAGCAGUUGGGGAGCAGCAUGAUGAGCAGGCUUCGUGCCCUGCAUGCCGCUUGGGUGGCGUCAUUCAGCUGGGACUGGCGGCAGCAGCUCUCGGCGCCGCUGGAUCCGCUCGUCUUCUCCUCUCCGCGUGCUGGUUCCGGGCUUGGUACUCCCUGCAGCCCAAGCGAGCAGGCCACCCCGCAGGAGCCAGGGCUCCCGGAGGCGGAGAAGGUGGUGGUCAAGCCCGCAACCGAGCAGGUAGCGCUCGGGGACCCCGCCACUUGCAUGUUGGAUGCAGCAUCCGCGUCCGUAACCUCCACAUCAUCGGCGGGGCUGUCGGACAUCAUGGCGCGGUCGCUGGAUGAGUUUACGUACGGGAGCCCGAGAGCUGUCGGGACUGUGGAGGAGCACGAGGGGCAUGUCAGCAUGGACCUGACGCCCCUGCCGUGUGUCACGCUGCAGCUUGGAAGUGCGGGAGGUGCUGCGGCCCUGCAGCCGGCCGUGACAGCUGCAGGGCCGGCGAAUGUGCUCAGCCCGAGGAGCACGUCGUACUACACUGCUGACCGCAGCGACUUUGGCAGCAGCAACUGGGGUUACUUCACUGCACGGGAUGAUGGCAGCUGCAUUAUAGGGAUUAGCAGGCAUCCGGAGGCCGCCGAAGUGGCGGUUGUGGUCAUGGGGGGAGAGGAGGAGCGGGCCGGCGCCUCUUCGUCCGCUGCCGCCGUGCACCGAAAGGUGCAUGAGGAUGGGGCCGAAUCUGCCGCAGCAGUAGUGAACACUUGGUUGGUUGGCGCCGGGUAUGGAACAGGUGCGGCCGUGGGCCUGGAGUCGCAGGUUGAGAGUCAGGCAUGAGAUGUUGGGUAUGGGUGAGCAUGGUACACCGUGACUGGCCGUUCUAGGAAUAAAAGGGAGCGUUUGCAUGUGUAUAGCUGAUUUAAUGCAUGUCUCAUGCGUACGUCAAUUUCGGGCAAUUCAUUUCUCGUUUAGGGAUGAUGUCCAGUUCUUUGGGGUCCCAUAAUGGAGGGGUGAAUGAGCACACCUGCCCAUACACACUCCUUGUGGGCAUGUCUUUAUUGGCCGGGCCUCUUACUCAGCGCUUUGCCGCUUCUUGUGCUGGAUGUCUCGAUGCUAUCUACCAGCGGUUGCGGACCUUCAGUACACGUGCACUCUGUUAUUUGUCCUCUUCCGUUGGAAUUGCGGGUCGCUCUUUGUGCCAAGACGCCUGUGGGGUUGCCGGUACUCGGCUAAGUGGAAAUGAUGACAGCUGAUUUCCCAUAACGGGGUUCUGGGUCGAGUGUCGAGUGUGAGCGGUCAUGGUAGUGAGCUUACCUGCGCGUGCCCUGAGACAAGCUAUCAGAAAUCAGAUCUCAAGCGCGUGAGACCCCACUGUGAAGUGGGUGUCUGCCAGCAUGCCGAAGAUACCGGCUUUGGUUGUGCCGCCUGUGCGGUCUGUUGUUACCGAAACCUUUAGGCAGUUGCUGACAAUUGAAUUUAAGCUGCACAAUCUGACACUACGUACAUACAUGGAUAGCGUCUGUCGACGGUUGUUGUUUUCCACUGAGCUAUUUGUUUUGACUCUUUCUUUUUGUGCUGCCGACCCCUGGGUCGGGGCUCUUGGCCUGCUCGUCUCUUUUGUACGGUUCCCGUUCCUUUUUCCGAAAGCACCUGUGUCCAGGCUGCCCCUAGGUUGAGGCGCUGAGGCGUGAGCGACUUGUGACGGUGUGUUUGAUUGCACUACUAUUUUAAUGCCACUUUAGCGUGCUGCAAUCAUGCCAACUGUUUGAGUUGGCCGCGGUACCGCUUGCCAGCAAACAUGGCUGCCGUGAGCAAUUUCUCCUUGACUUAUGCGAGGGCUCGGUGUCGCCGACGCGGCAACUGCUUGGACCUCUGUAAUGUGGUGGAGUUACAUGUACGACGGUAUCAUGUAAAGGGCCCUGCCGUACAGGAGCGAAUCAGCUGCAUGAUCGGAAGACUUCUCCGAUCGCUGGUCUUCCCCGAUCGCUUCCGUCGUACACAGUACUCCGGUGGAUGGGUCGUGAUAGUAAGUGGAACCCGUCCAAUGCCAUAACCUAUGCCACGUACGAGCGGGAGUGAUGUAAGGAUCGAGGCAUGGAGCGAUGGAGGUAUGACCUGUAAUCGUAACAGCGGAC